AAAAUAUUGUGCUUUUGCCAUAAUAAAUAAGAAAAUAAAAUCAACAUAAUAAACAGAGAAAAAUGCUCAUACGCUGCCUCGAUAUAUGACUAAUAUUCUUUAACGCAAGCUAUUAAUUUUGAGUUUUUAUUUUGUAAUUAUUGCGCUUUGUCUUUUGUUUGCUUACGUCAGCCCUGAAAGAUUUCUGGUCUUUGCACGGGAAUAAAUAUGGAGACGGCAAGAGUCGAACUGAAUUGCAGGUUAUGACACGCUGGUGAUCUCGUUAAUCGACAUCUGCAGAUAUUUGCGUGUUACGAUUGAAACAUGGGUGGAAAGUGGUCCAGCUUGCAUCCCUCAGAAAUCGUGGUUCCAGAAAUCAAUGCUCUUCUCGAAAGGGAUCCUUAUUUAAAGCAGUACGAGCAUGACAUUCGCCGCAGGUAUGCUUUGUUUAUGGAUUAUGUUGAUAAAAUAGAAGAAGGAGAUGGAGAUUUGGAAAAGUUUACAAAGGCCUAUGAGACCUUUGGAAUUCACAUCCAGGAUGAUAAUAGUGUCAUUGCGAAAGAAUGGGCGCCUGGCGCACAGGAAGUGCUCUUGACUGGAGAGUUCAAUAAUUGGCACUGGCUUGAUACGCCUUACAAAAAAUUAGAGUAUGGAAAAUGGGAGCUGCAUUUGCCUCCAAACGCAGAUGGCAGCUGUCCUUUGAAACAUUUAUCUGAAGUGAAAAUUAUUAUCAGAGAUCACAAUAAUGAGUUGCAGGAAAGGCUGAGUCCUUGGGCGAAUUAUGUAAUACAACCAAAAGAUAAAUCUCAGGGAACUACUUACAAACAAGUUAUAUGGCAUCCAGAAAAACUAUAUAAGUUCCAGCAUCCUAAACCCAAGAAACCAGCAAGUUUUAGAAUUUACGAGUGCCAUGUUGGCAUUGCCACACAAGAAUUGCGAGUUGGUACUUAUUUGGAAUUUGCCAAAGACAUAAUUCCAAGGAUUGUCAAGCAGGGGUACAACGCGAUACAAUUAAUGGCAAUCAUGGAGCAUGCUUAUUAUGCCAGUUUUGGAUAUCAGGUGACGUCCUUCUACGCGGCUUCAUCUCGCUAUGGAACUCCGGAAGAACUGAAGGAGUUGGUAGAUGUGGCGCAUCAACAUGGUCUUUACGUUUUACUAGAUGUGGUACAUUCGCAUGCUUCCAAGAACACAUUGGAUGGACUGAACAAGUUCGAUGGCACGGAUGCGUGUUUCUUCCACUCAGGUCCUAAAGGAGAUCAUCCGCUGUGGGACAGCAGACUGUUCAAUUACUCGGAAUAUGAGGUACUCCGAUUCCUACUAUCCAAUUUGCGUUGGUACAUUGAAGAGUAUGGUUUUGAUGGAUUCAGAUUUGAUGGUGUUACAUCGAUGUUGUAUCACUCGAGAGGCUUUGGACAAGGCUUCAGCGGCCAUUACGAUGAAUAUUACGGUUUGAAUGUCGAUGUGGAGGGUGUAGUGUACCUGAUGCUCGCCAAUCAUAUGUUACACAAAAUAUAUCCCGAGAUCGUAACGAUUGCCGAAGAUGUUAGUGGAAUGCCGGCCGUUUGCAGACCAGUUACUGAAGGCGGCGUAGGAUUCGACUAUCGAUUAGCUAUGGCUAUUCCCGAUAAGUGGAUUAAACUGUUAAAAGAAGUGAAAGAUGAAGACUGGAAAAUCGGUGAGAUUUGCUGGACUCUAUCCAACCGCAGAUGGAUGGAGAAAACUGUCGCUUAUUCCGAAUCACACGAUCAGGCUCUCGUGGGCGAUAAGACAAUCGCGUUCUGGCUCAUGGACAAGGAGAUGUACACGCAUAUGAGCACAUUAAGUCCAAACAGUGACAUAAUCAAUCGUGGCAUUGCUCUACAUAAUCUAAUCACGCUGAUUACACAUGCUCUGGGCGGCGAAGCUUAUCUAAACUUUAUAGGCAACGAGUUUGGCCAUCCCGAAUGGCUGGACUUUCCGAGACACGGAAAUCAAGACAGUUAUCAUUAUGCCAGGCGCCAAUGGUGUUUAGUGGACAAUGAGUUACUCAAGUACAAAUAUAUGAACAAUUGGGAUCGUGCUGUAAAUACGCUCGAAGAGAAAUAUGGAUGGCUGCAUGCUCAUCCUGGCUACGUGAGUUGGAAACAUGAAGAUGAUAAAGUGGUCGUGUUCGAUCGAGCUGAUCUUACAUUUGUUUUUAACUUGCAUCCGAACAAGUCGUUUGCCGAUUAUCCGGUCGGUAUAAAAAAUCCAGGAACGUACAAAAUCGUUUUAUGCAGCGAUGAUGAAGAAUUCGGAGGACAUCGUCGCGUAGACACGAGUGUGAAACAUUUCUCACAACCUGAAGGGUUUUCUGCAUAUCAAAAUAAAAUGAUGGUCUACAUUCCAUGCCGUACAGCUAUAGUAUAUGCACGAAUUGAUUCAUAAAUACUACUUGAUGGAUGGAAAAGAAUUGUGCAACUGCAUAAUGAUAUACUAUAUAUAAAUGAAUAGAUCUUAUUUUUAUAUAAUAUAUCUCAGGAAAUAAUACAUUGAUAAUAAUGUGGAUUUUUAUUAAAAAAUAAUUUAGAUUUGCUUAAUUAAGUAAACGCUAUUACUAGUAAAGUGCAUUUAGUUUGUUUUUUUUUGUUUUGAAGAAUUGUCUCUUCCAAGAUUUUUAACUGAUAAAUUUUAGAUAUAUAUAUAUUAAAACUUGUUA